AGACCCGCCCCACACUAUGUCCGCCCGUCACCUCCUCCUCCGGCUCCUGAGAGACUGAUCAGCGGCCGAGCAGCUCACAGAGCAUCGGCGGUGGGCUCAGACGGCUGCGUGGGCGGCCGGCCGGCCGGUCGGUCUAGAGCGGAAAAAGGACGGUUCCGCUAUGAACCUGCACCAGGUGCUAACGGGGGCUGUCAACCCCGGGGACAACUGCUUCUCCGUGGGGAACGUCGACGGCCACCCUUUCACGGCUUAUGCAUCAGGAUGCGACAUAGUGAUAUUGGGGACAGAUUUUGAAAGAUUACAAAUAAUUCCUGGAGCAAAAUAUGGAAAUAUACAAGUGGGAUGUGUAGAUUGUUCCAUGCAGCAAGGGAAGAUUGCAGCUGCUUAUGGAAAUAUAAUUUGCAUCUUUGAGCCAGUCAAACAUCUAAAGCAGAAGAAUAAUAAUUAUGGAUUAUUUUAUCAAUGGCAGAAUUCAGAUCAGAUUUGCUUGGAACAUGUUGUGCAUAAUUUAACCUGGGAUCCCACAGGUUCUCGUCUAUUGACUAGUUCCAGUUGUUUGCAGCUUUGGUCUAAUGUCAAUUUUGAAAAUCUGUCAGAAGAUGAAAAUCGUGAAAAAGCUGAUACUCAGAACUGGAGAAUCAUCUGGCAGACCAAGAUGACUGUCUUGUAAAGGUGUGGUAUAACACUGAUUGCUGGAAAUCAGUAAUUGCAUCACAACAUACAACACCAGAAAGCAAAAUGGAGGAACUCAGUUUUUCAUUUAUUUAUCUGAUUCAUCCUCGAUCUGUCGACGGUUUUUCAUGGCGAAAAACAAGCAACUAUAUGCCGCGUGGUGCUGUGUGUAAUGUACUGCUGACCUGCUGCAAAGACAAUAUAUGCCGUCUCUGGGCAGAAACUCUGUUGCCUAAUGAUAGCCUCUUAUACGAAGAUGGAUAUAACAAUUGGCCUGAGCCAGUGAAAUUAAAUAACUUUAAGAGGAAUGCUUCUAGCAAAGAAAGCAUGAAAAAUGCUUUAGAGUUAAAUCUAAAACCUUUCCGACGAGGAAGAAGAAGAUCAAUAGCACUUGCACAUACUGGAUACUUGCCCCAUCAGCAAGACCCUCAUGUAGUUCAUCGAAACAACCCAUUGCAGUCAAAUGCACUUUGCCAUUUCCACAUUGCUGCCAGCAUCAAUCCAGCCACAGACAUUCCCUUGCUCCCUUCUAUCAUGUCUCUGAGUCUUAAUGAAAGUGAAGAAAAAAGUGGUCCUUUUGUAGUGCACUGGCUAAAUAAUAAAGAAUUACAUUUUACGCUAUCAAUGGAGGUUUUUUUACAACAGUUUAAAAGAAAUUUUGAGCAUAUUUCCUCAGAAGCCAGCACUGAAGAACCUAAUCAGAUGACUUUCAGAUCUGAUGAAGAAACUGAUGACAGUAAAGAAGAACAGAGAAGAAAUCAAGAACAGAAAGAAUUUCCUGGUGAAAAACCUGUUUUAAAUUCAAGCUCCAUUCCCUUGUCUUCAGCUGUUAUUGAUCAUGAAAUUGAAAUACAACUAACUGAAUGGAAUAAAAAUGCAGAUAUGCUAUUUAGUAUUCAUCCAAUGGAUGGAUCAUUGCUCGUAUGGCAUGUCGAUUGGCUAGAUGAAUACCAACCAGGCAUGUUUCGUCAAGUACAGGUGUCAUUUGUUUCAAGGAUUCCUGUUGCCUUUCCUACUGGUGAUGCAAAUUCACUUUGCAGAAGUAUAGUGAUGUAUGCUUGUACAAAAAAUGUUGACCUUGCUCUUCAGCAAGGCAAACAAAAACCUAGCCUUGGUCGCUCCUGCUCUAUGUUAAUUUCUUCAGGUCAUAGCAAAUUGCCCAACAAUGUAAAACUAAGCAUCUUCACCCCAAAUGUUAUGAUGAUUUCCAAGCAUGCAGAUGGAUCGCUAAACCAAUGGCUAGUCAGCUUUGCAGAGGAAUCUGCUUUUUCAAAUGUUCUCAGUAUUUGCCACAAAUCACGAUACUGUGGACAUCGUUUCCACCUUAAUGACUUGGCUUGCCAUUCAGUACUUCCAUUGCUACUCACAACCUCUCAUCACAAUGCAGUGAGGAUACCAGUUCUUGAUAGCACAGAAGAGGCAUCUCCAGAACAUCAAAAUAAAAGUUCUGCCUGCAAAUCUCAGGAUCUUACUGCUGUUUACAGUGAACUUAUCCUCUGGAGAGUUGAUCCAGUUGGCCCACUGUCUUUUUCUGGUGGAGUUUCUGAGCUUGCAAGAAUAAAUUCUCUUCAUGUAUCUGCUUUUUCAAAUGUGGCAUGGUUGCCUUGCCUCAUACCUAGUUACUGCUUAGGUGCGUACUGUAAUUCACCAAGUGCUUGCUUUGUUGCGAGUGAUGGACAACAUUUAAGACUCUAUCAAGCUAUAAUAGAUGCCAAAAAGCUACUCUGUGAACUAUCAAAUCCAGGAAUUUCUAAAUACGUUGGCAAAUUUUUUAACAUCAUAAGUCAGCAAUCUACAGCUAGACCGGGUUGCAUUGUAGAACUGAAUUCUAUUACAGAGCUGCAUGGUGAGAAAAUGCAGCUACUUCAUGUUUUUCAAGAAGAUUUCAUUAUGAAUAAUCUUGAGAAUAGAUUCUCUGAAAAAGAAUCAAUACUACUUGAUCCUGGAUAUCAGGAAAAUGGAUUUUCUGAAAAAUUCUAUUUAAUUGUAAUUGAAUAUACUCAAAACUGCUCACUGUUACAUAUGUGGAAAUUACAUUUGAAAUCCCUACCAGUCUCAGUGGAUGAAAAAAUAGCACCUAAGGCAUCUGAAACAACAUCUCAAGAAGAACUGCAUUCUUCUUCUCCGGACCAAGAAAAGCUUCACAUUUCCUUUACAAAGAAAUAUCAAGUUUGCAGAGAUAAUCUUCAGAGCACCAGCCAAUUAGUUCUUUCUUCAGAAAUUGUCUAUAGUCAAGAACUGAAUUUACCAGAAGGAGUGGAGAUAGUAAGCAUUAAACCAUCAGCAGGUCACUUAAGUAGUUCUUCAAUUUAUCCAGUUCGCCAAGCUCCUUAUCUUCUUGCAACACUUUGCUCAGAUGGGAAAGUUAGGUUUUGGAGGUGUAGAAUGGCACAAGAAACAGAUGUGUUAUCCAAACCAGAGAAUACUAAGAACAGUGGUAUGUAUGUAUGGGAAGAAUGGCCAUUGCUAAUUGAAGAUGGACAUCUUAGUAGCAGUGCCCUUGAAGUGUCUGGUUUAUCUCUUGAAAUUAGCUGCGCUCAUACAAAUCGUUUAGCUGUGGCAUACAAGCGAACACCACCCCAAAACAGUAAUUCUCAAGAUUUUUUUGUGAAUGUCGGCAUUUUUGAAUGUGAAUCUACAGGAGGCUCUUGUUGGAACUUGGAACAAACACUUCAUUUAGAUGAACUAAAUCUAACAUUGGAUUCGCUGAGUGUCAAUAGUAGUUCAAUGGCAGUAGGAAAUAAGAACUUAACAUUCAGAACAAAGCAUUUGGUUCAUUUAGACUGGAUGUCUAGGGAAGAUGGCUCUCAUAUAUUAACAGUAGGCAUUGGUUCAAAGCUUUAUAUGUUUGGUCAGUUGGCUGGGAAAAUACAGGAACAAAGUGCUAAGGAAAUGCUUGUACUGCCAGUAUGGGAUAAUGCUAAAACCUCUUGUACAUCUAGAUUUAUACUGUUACGAUGUGUCGAUUUGGUCUCAUCAGUAGAAGGGUCGCCUCCUUUACCAGUUUCUUUGUCUUGGGUUCGUGAUGGCAUCCUUGUGGUUGGGAUGGAUUGUGAAAUGCAUGUGUAUUCUCAAUGGCAGCCAUUUUCAAAGCAAGAUCCCAUUACUGCAGACUCUUUCAGUGUUAGUACACCAUCUAUAACAAGUUUGGUUAAACAAAGCCAGUCGUCUGGUGUUCCCCCAUCAAAGCGAACAUUAACCCGAUCCAUGGCUAGCUUUGCUCAAAAACUUGGUGGGAAACGAUCUGUAUUUGAUCUGUCACUGGAGAUGGAAGAUUCUGGUCUUUUUGAAGCAGCUCAUUCAUUAUGUCCUACUUUACCUCAGUAUCAUCCUGUGCAACUUUUGGAACUUAUGGAUCUAGGGAAAGUACGUAGAGCAAAGGCCAUUUUAUCUCAUCUAGUCAAAUGCAUUGCUGGAGAAGUUAUUGCUUUAAGUGACCCCUGCCAUGAGAAAAGGUAUCGGUCUCUCUCAAUCUGUGCUAGUGGGAGUAGUACAAGAGACCCUAUGACAUUUAACAGAUGUGUAAUUACAGACUAUACAGAAAUAGAUUCUGUUCCACCGCUUCCUUUGUAUGCAUUGCUUGCUGCUGAUGAAGAAUGUUCCUAUGCUUGUACUGAAAAGUCAAAUACUCCAAAGAACCUUAACAAACAUGUGACUGAUGAAAAUUAUGAGGAUCUAUUUCAAAAUUCCAGCCUGUAUACAGAUGAACUGACUACAAUUGAAGUAGAUGAAGAUGACAAAAAGCCAAAAGUUAUUGAUCUUUCUCAGUAUAAUCCAACUUACUUUGGACAAGAGCAUGCCCAAGUUCUUUCUCGUCACUUGCUUCAUUCUAGCUUACCAGGACUUACCAGGAUGGAACAGAUGCUAUUGAUGGCAUUAGCUGAUACAAUUGCCAUUACCAGUACUGAUAUAGGAGAAAGCAGAGACAGAAACAAAGGAGGAGAAACACUUGAUGAAUGUGGUUUGAAGUUUCUUUUGGCAGUUCGUCUUCACACUUUUAUGACAACUUCUGUACCACCUGCUCACAGACCUCAGCUAUUAUAUCAAGGUUUGUCUUCGAGUCAUUUUGCCUGGGCGUUUCACUCUAUUGCAGAAGAAGAACUUCUAAACAUGCUUCCUGCAGUACAGAAAGGUGAUCCAACAUGGUCAGAACUUAGAGCUAUGGGAAUAGGAUGGUGGGUUCGAAAUACCCAUAAUUUGCGCAGAUGCAUUGAGAAGGUCCCUAAAAGAUACUAAAAUGACACAGUUCUUUGGAAACAAUUUUACUGAGGACAGAUGGCGUAAAGCAGCACUGAAGAAUGCUUUUUCAUUGCUAGGCAAGCAACGUUUUGAACAUUCUACAGCAUUUUUUUUAUUGGCUGGUCACUUAAAAGAUGCCAUUGAGGUCUGCCUAGAGAAAUUAAAUGACAUUCAGCUAGCUCUUGUAAUUGCAAGACUGUAUGAAUCAGAAUUUGAAACAUCUGGUACUUACAAAUCAAUUCUUCAGAAGAGAAUUCUGGGAAGUAAGCCUCAUUCUACUGAAAGUCCAUCAACACCACAUUUUGAUCCUUUUCUCCGAAGUAUGGCUUACUGGAUUUUGGAAGAGUAUGGUCAUGCUCUUGAUACUCUUUUAAGCCAUCCCACUUUGAAUGAUGAAGAUGAAGGAAGCUUCUCAAACUGUAGCCCUUCGGUAUUUAAUUUUUAUAAUUAUCUAAGGACGCAUCCUCUCUUGCUGAGACGCCAUUUUGGAUCUUCUGAUUUAUCUUCCACAAGGAUAUGUGUAACAGGAGAAAAGGGGCUGGCAGAUGAAAUCAAUUUAGAGGAAAGAAAAUUAUUCUUUACUGCAGCAUAUACUCAUUUGAAAUCUGGCUGUCCCAUGUUGGCUUUAGAAGUAUUAUCGAAGAUGCCUAAAGUGGUCAAAAAGUCAAAGAGUUUAAGAAGAACAUUUAGUUUAAGGAAUACUAGUAAAGAAUGUUCACCCUCUUCUCCAAUGCCAGUAGAAUCCAAAGAUGACCAGCUUUUCAGGACUGACAGGUCAGAACCAGUGCUAAAUGGUUUAGGGCCAUUAUCAGAUGCUUCACCAGACAAACAUUCAGUUUCUGAUGCUUUGCUUGAUUGGAGUCAGCCAGCUGCAGUCUUCCAAGAUGACCCGUUGGAAUUAAAAUGGGACAGUGACAAAGAUGAGGAAAGUGAGGAUUCUUGCCUUGUAAUGAAACCUUUGCAGAAGAUAACAGGUGAAAAAACAAAUGAAGUUAACUCUAGCUGCACUGAAACCUACAGUUCAGGAGGUGAGAAUGAUGUCUUAGCUUCAUCAGAAGACAUAAUUUUUGUUCAGCUGAAAUUUAGGGCAUGCCUGAAGAUUCUUACAGAGGAACUUCGAACAUUAUCCACUGGCUAUGAAGUAGAUGGUGGAAAAUUAAGAUACCAGCUGUAUAAUUGGCUUGAAAGGGAGGUGGUAGCCCUUCAGAAGACAUGUGAAUACAAUAUUGAAGCAGAUGAUUCUCAGAGGGAAAUUAUCCCAGUAAUGGGUGAAAAUUGUUUAAAUGAGAAAACUGAAGACCUAUCAGAUAUACAACUAAAGGAAAAUAUUCAAAGAAGACAUUGGCUUAUAAAAUACCAAUCACUUUUGCGAAUGUUUCUUAGUUACUGCAUCCUCCAUGGGUCUCAUGGUGGAGGCUUGGCAUCUGUACGAAUGGAACUGAUUUUGCUUCUGCAAGAAUCUCAACAGGAAUUUUCGGAGCAAUUGUAUAGCAAUAUUGUAUCUGAGCCGAGCACAAUACCUCUUCUUUUUGCCUGUACUGCAAGUGCCAAAACAGUGGUAGCCAACCCAUUAUUGCAUUUGAGUAACUUGACACACGAUAUACUACAUGCUAUUAUUUCUCUUGACUCUCCACCCCACCCAGAUGUACAGAAUAAUAAGAUACAUGUAAUGCACACAUUAGCAGCAUCUUUAUCAGCUUGCAUAUACCAGUCUCUCUGCGGGGGUCAUAACUACAGUUUAUUGCAAGCAAACCAAUUCACUGGAAUGAUUUAUCAGACGUUGUUGCUUUCCCAUCGGCAUUCUCUAAGAACAGCAAGUUCAGAUGAAACAGUAACACCAAAUACUACACCAGCUCAAUGGCCAGGAAUAAUGGAUUUAAUACAAUUGCUGAAUCAAGCUGGGGAAGAAGCUCAGUCUGGGAUCACAGUUUUGCUCUGUGAAAUUCUUACGGCAAUCUACCUUAGUCUCUUCAUUCAUGGUCUAGCAACUCAUUCCAGCAAUGAAUUAUUCAGGAUUGUGGCCCAUCCCCUUAAUGACAAAAUGUGGUUUGCUGUCUUUGGUGGUGGUGCAAAGAUUCCCAAGAAAGGACCAAUUCAAGAAACAACCAAGAUGGGUAGGCACUUCUCUAUGCCUAGCCCACAUCAGGUAGUAGUAUUUUCUAUGGAAUGCGUGGGGUUUACCAAAUCUCUAACAACCAUCAGUACUCAUAGUCCUACCAAACUUGCAGCCUCUUCUCCUAUAGAUGAUGGUGAGAAGCAAAAUAAGCAGUUUAGACUGACAUCAAAAUCAUCAUCAAAAGAAAAUUCACCUACUAAUUUACCUGGAAAAGAACAAGAUACUUCAAUUUACAAAGAGAAAUUUAUUCCUCCUGAACUUAGUAUUUGGGACUACUUUAUAGCAAAGCCAUAUCUUGCAGCAUCCCAAACUAGAUUUGAAUAUGAUUCAGAAGAAAGUCAGGACAGCAGUGAUGAAGAUGAAGAUGGAGCAUUCUUAUCAGAUUCAAAACUUCAGGAACAUUCUAACUCAAAUUCAUUUAGUUGGUCAUUGAUGCGCUUGGCUAUGGUUCAGCUUGUUCUCCGUAACUUGAAAAGUUUCUACCCAUUGGCUGGACAUGAUCUUACAGAACUUCCAGUUUGUUCACCGUUAUGCCAUGCAGUUCUAAAGGCUCUUCAGCGGUGGGAGCAGGUUCUUCUCAGACGACUUGAAAUGCAUGGAGGUCCACCAGAAAACUUUAUUUCUAUUCACAUUUUACAAGAUGCCUCAUCUUCAGGCCCUGCAUUACUUCGCCACAAAGCUUUGCUAGAGCCAACAAACACUCCUUUCAAAUCCAAAAGUCAUUAUGCAUUAUCCGUAAAAAGACUUUGGCAGUACCUUGUUAAACAAGAAAUUGUCCAAGAAACCUUCAUCAGUAACAUAUUUGCCAAAAGAAAGUGUUUAAAUGAGUCAUUAGAAGACCAGUCUGAAUUUACCAAAACUAGUUCAGGAGAAGAAUCAGGAGUCAAUAAGAUAGAGCAUGAUGCAGGAUCUCCUGGAAGUAAAGCAAGAAUUAUCCAUAAAGAGUCUGACAUUAUUACUGCCUUUGCUGUCAAUAAGGCCAAUAGGAAUUGUAUUGCAAUAGCCUCAAGCCAUGAAAUUCAAGAACUGGAUGUUUCUGGAAUUUUAGCAACUCAGAUCUACACUUGGGUUGAUGAUGAUAUAGAAGUGGAAGCUAAAGGAGCUGAUGACUUCUUAGUUAUACAUACUCGUGAUGACUUGGGAAACAUUCAAGGAACUACUCCUUAUACACACAGCACUCCUGGAACACCAAUCAAUAUGCCAUGGCUUGGCAGCACUCAGACUGGCAGGGGUGCUGCUAUGAUGAUCAAGAAGAAUCUCAAUAAUGUCAGAAGAAUGGCUUCCCACCCAACACUACCAUAUUAUUUGACAGGUGCCCAGGAUGGCAGUGUAAGAAUGUUUGAAUGGGGCCAUUCUCAACAACUUGCAUGCUUUCGAUCGGGUGGCAACUCCAGAAUUACACGGAUGAGAUUUAAUUAUCAAGGCAAUAAGUUUGGGAUCGUUGAUGGUGAUGGGCAUAUAAGUUUGUAUCAAACAAACUGUAAAGGUUGCCUACAUAAUGGAAGCACAUCCAAACCAUACCUAACAUGGCAAUGCCAUAAUAAAACGGCUAGUGAUUUUGUUUUCAUCAGUUCUUCGUCUUUGAUAGCUACUGCCGGGUUAUCUACUGACAACAGAAAUAUUUGUCUGUGGGAUACUUUGGUUGCUCCUUCUAGUAGCUUGGUUCAUGCAUUCACAUGUCAUGAUACUGGAGCAACUGUUUUGGCAUAUGCACCUAAACACCAGCUAUUAAUAUCUGGUGGAAGAAGAGGCUAUACCUGCUUAAUAGAUCUUCGUCAAAAGCAACAGAGACAGUUUUUCCAAAGUCAUGAUUCCCCAGUUAAAGCAAUUGCUGUAGAUCCUACAGAAGAAUAUUUUGUUACAGGAUCUGCAGAAGGAAAUAUCAAGGUAUGGAGUCUGUCAAAUUUCAGUCUUCUUCAUACUUUCCUCAAUGAACAUUCUAGACAAUCUAUUUUCAGAAAUCUUGGGACAGGUGUCAUGCAGAUUGAGACAGGACCAGCAAAUCACAUAUUUUCCUGUGGAGCUGAUGGGACAGUGAAGAUGAGAAUUUUGCCUGAUCGAUUUAAUUCAUUUGGUGAAGUGUUGAAAACUGGUGUGAAAUAUGUGUUCUGAAGUGCUGUUAGCACUUGUAAAAUGUUAUAGAAUAUUAUCAAGCAUAAUUGUACAGGUAGCCCUAUAGUAAUAUUUCCUGGUGUUUAUAUUUAUUUUAUUUGGAGAUAUAGUCCUUAAUGCACUAAUGCCUUAAAGGUUAGCAAGUUCCUUCUUAUUCUGCAUAAGAAUAGUUUUUGAUGAUUCAGUAAAUAUUUAUUAUGUAUUUUGUUGAGUAUUGUUUGUUCUUAAUUGAUAAUGCCUCAUUCCAUGUGGUUGAGCAUGGUCUUUAUCACUUAAUUUCUGGAGACCAUUUCUUAAAGAAGCCUUAUAAUAUCAUCUCUUUUAGCCUGACAGAACAAUCAGUUGCCAAAUUCCUUAUUCUAACUGUAUAUGGGUUGUACUCGUGUAAAAUAAACAUACUUGACAUAAGCAGAUACCCAUGCUAUACUGAGAUUUGCUAUAGGAAGAAAUGCUACUAGAUGAGCCACCAUUGGUGAUAUUUUCCUGAGAUCUAGUUUGUUCACUUGAACUCGGUCUUUAGUGUGAAGAAUUGAAAGAUAAAAGUUUGUGUUGGAACUUUUCAUGCUUGAAUGACUGCUAUCAGUAUAGCAGUCUUUUCCUUGAACCAAGAGAUAUAAAGAAAAUAUAAUCAAGUUCUUAUUUAAAAUAGGUAAAUAGAGUAUAAAUAUCUAGCUUACAGAUGUUUUAAGAAUUAUAUUUAAAAAUAAUACAUAACAUUUAAAAUUCAUGAAACUGAAUUUAAGUAUAUGUUGCAUAGGAUAAUUGAAUAAUCUGAAUGGGGGUUAUAAAAUCAUUAUGCUUAAAUCAUUGGUAAAACACAGGAAAUUGACAUAAUGUUAUUUUGUCAGUAAAUUUGUUUUCCUUUAAUCCAAACAUGCUUACUCUUCCGCUGGCACUUAAAUCAUAGUAUUUAGUUUCAGUUCUGAAGUAAACAAAAUAAGAAAAGGUUGCAAAAGAAAACUCUUCUAAUGUAUGAUAAAUAGUAUAGAUUUAUAUUUUUUUACAAAAUCAAGAAUUUGAAAUUUGUUUUUGUUAAAAUGUAAUAAUUAUGUACACUUACUUUUUUUGACCAAAAUACGAAAUGUACAAAGCUUUCAAAAUUUUCUAUGUGCUAAAAUAGGCCAUGUAGUGUAAUUAUUUUGAACGAUUUUUAUUUUACUCAUGUAAAAGUCUCAAAAAAUAAUUGGAUUAGAGAUAAAUUACUUAAAUGCAAAUUAUAAACAGUUUACUAAAAUAUUUUUGUGGAAAAACUGCCAAUACAAUUUCAUGUGAAACAGAUUUUGUCUGGGAAUAGAUGCUGUAAAUAAAACAAAAGUGAAGGGCUUGUAUAAUUAAUUUUGUACUAUUCUCAGGACACUACUUUUAAAAGUAACAUUUCUUACUUUUUAUAUAGCAUUUUAAAUGUAAUUUUAGGAUAUUUCUAUGCAAGCAUUAAGUAAGGAAACAAGUGUUAACAUAAUUGAAAAUACAUUUGUGCAAUAACCUAGGCUAUUCUUAUAAAGGAGAAAUACAUAGCAGCAUUUUAAGAUAGCUAGUGCAGCUAUUUGAUGCAAAAUAAAAAUUUUGAGUCAGUUUGCAGGUAAUGCAGUGGGAAGAAUAUAAAUUGCAAUGCUAAAUCACAACAAUGACACUGUGAAAAUAGCUUUAUACACUUAAUGCCCAUUCUACAUAUAGGAAUGGACCUAAAGUAAGAAAACAGCUUUAUACACUUUACAGCCGUUGCACAUAUUCAGUUGCUUGUUUAGAAAGUAUAUGUUUAAUAGCCUAAUCCUGUAAUUGUUUAGGAUAUAUGUAUACACUUGGGGGCCUGAGCCAUCAACAACAGUAAUGUUCUGCUAUGUUUGUAGGAAAAUUACAUUGACAUAAUAGCUAGUACCAGUAUUUAGGAAGAGAUGUUAAAUGUUAGUGUUAUAACCAUUUAUUUCAUUUAAGAAUAUUAAAAUUAAUUCUGUUGCCCUUCAUAUUUCAUUCAGAAGAUUAAUGUGGGAAAAAUCAUUUAAUGCUUAGUAUAUAAAGCCUAAUUUACUGAAUUUUAUAUCUGAAUUGCAAAAUCCAAAAUCAGAAUUAUACCAAAGUUUUAAGAGUUUAGCUUAUUUGUAAUUCAAGCUCCUUAUAUUAGAUUUAACCUGGGGUUUUGAGAAAAAUUAUAAUCUUUAGUAAACUUUUUGAUAAGUUGCACUCAGUUUAAGACUUCAAUAUUGUGUAAAGCUCUGCAUAUUUUACUAGAAUGAUGUUCUACUAGUGUUUUCAUUAAGAAUAAGCUUAAUCUGAUAUUUUUAAGAUUGUCAUGUAUUUAGUACAUACCUACACAAACAACCAUGUACAACUUUUACGAUGGCAUAGUUGCUCAACACUUUAAUUGAAGGCUUAAAGAUUUAAGUUAUAUUAAAAUAUUACGUGCCUCUCUUUUGUCCAAUUAGUAUCUAGAGAAUGUUUUUCUCCUUAAUGUACUUCUCCCUUCUCUUUUGUUAGCGUACCAAAUGAAGUAGCUGGAAUUUUCUAUUUUUCUAAAACUGUAUUAGAGGUUCAAUUUAUUUCUUCUGUAAUUUAAAACAAGGCAAAAUAAUCAAAUGCUUAAGCAUUCUACCGCUAGUAACUGCUCAAAAAAUAAUAGGAAAGACUGGUGCAAUUGUCAAUAUUAUAGUUGCCAUUAUUAUGAUUCUGUACAUUUCUCUGUGUACAAAAUAAAUUACAAAGCAUAUGCAUAGGUUUAGAACCCCCAAAUAAAAUUUAUCAUUAGCUAAUUA